UGGAAAAGUUUUAGUAAACAAGAUUCCUCGAGAAUAUUCUACAUUGAAUUUGGCGCAGAAAGUAGAUUACGUCACAGCCGACCAAUAGCAGAGCAGUUCCAGAAGCUUCCACGAGCUGCGAUUGGUCGAAAUCUUUCCAGAUGGUUCCGCCAUCUUCCCGAAACGUACUGCCGGGCUAUAUAAACGCUGAACGUUUGCUUCAGCUAUCAAAACUUGAAACGUUAACUUCGAAAUCGUGAACUACUCAAAGUUUUCUGCUAUAAUGUCGGUUCUACCGUACGUGAUGCGUGAUUUCGUGGACGAUCUCUAUCAUCCUGCGAUCUACGACCGUUAUUUAGGAUUGUUACCAUCCAACAAUCUUCUGGGAAUUCGUUCACUACGGCCAUGGAGACUGCUCGACAGUGAAAUUUCGAAUGUAGAAGAGGACGCCAACAAUUUCAAAGUGAAUCUAGACGUGCAACAGUUCAAACCCGAAGAGAUUUCUGUCAAAUUGUCGGGGGACAGUGUUGUUAUCGAAGGCAAACACGAGGAACGCAAAGACAAGCACGGAUUUGUGUCGAGACAGUUCUGUCGACGUUACCAGUUGCCUGACAAUGUCGACCUAGAGAAAUUGGAGUCUCAUCUGUCGUCCGAUGGAGUUUUGUCUCUAGUUGCGCCGAAAAUGGUCGAGCUUAAUCAGAACGGCAAACGGAGUAUUCCUAUCAAACACACCAAUCAGCCGGCAGCUCUCGAACAACAGCCAAAAAAGAAGAAGAGGGAAGCUUAAUGGGCCAGGAAUGCCUUGGAUAAAAUUCGAAUAUCAACAGGAAUAAUGGACUAAGGUAUGGAAUAUGUAAUAAGAAGGCCUAUCGUGUCAGCGAAUCGGACAUUUUGCAAUAUUAUACAUCACCAUAGACUUUAUUAAAGUGACAAUGAAUUUAAAUUUUAUGCUAUAAUAGUCGUGUUCAAAUUUGACUAUCGAGAUCGAGGACUAUUUGCGACAGAACACCAGGAUAUCUAGAGAAAAUUUGGUUUCAGUGUAUAGCUGGGUUUGCACUAAAGUUAUUAACAAAAUGUUAAUAACUUAAUACUUAUAGAUUCUAUUAGAUUGAACGGAACUUGACAAACAAAUAUGCUCAUCAUGUGUAUGAUGAGUUAUGUUUAAUCUAAUAGAAUCUAUAAGGAUCAAGUUAUUAACAUUUUUUUAAUAACUUUGGUGUAAAAGCGGCUUAAGCUACUAUAGACAUUUUAUCAGUGAUAUUGUUGAAUAAGGAGACUAGUACAAAUUUCACCAAAAAUAGUCUACUGCUUUGUGUAAUUUCUCAGAUUAUUACAGUGAAGGUAUUUUCAUAAUUACAGUAUUUUCAUAGUAGAACACUUAUAGACAGAUUAAUUUUAUAACCAUUUUUUUGUGAAUACCUAAUAUUUGAAUAUGUUUUGAUACGGUACAUGUAUUUGUUGGCUUAACUUGACUGACUUGUAUCUCAGGUAUUGAUUGAUAUCACACAGUAUUUUAUACCAUAUUUACUAGUAGAAGACUGAUAUCAAGACUGUAUACCGUAGGACCGUACUGAUUAUAUAUUUCUUUUGUCAUUUCCUAUUAUUUAUAU